ACACAGUCGGUUCUCAGGUGCAGAGCUGCUUGGCCUGGGUGCCCGGUGGAAUUAUGGGCUCCAUGUGCAUCCUACAGUUGCUGAUCACGUUGGUCGUUAUACAUUACACGUCUUCUGCAUUUUCAGGAACUCUCUUUACCAUACGUCAUGAACAAACCAGCAAAUGUCUUAAAACCAAAAACAAUCAACUUAUCUUGGCAAAUUGCUCAGAAAGUAGUGAAACCUUGAUGUGGAAAUGGGUUACCAACCAUCGACUCUAUAAUGUGGGGUCCCAGAAGUGCCUUGGACUUGACCUGUCCAAUCCUCAAGACCCUUUGAAAAUGUUUCCUUGUGACUCUAAGUUUUUGUUGUGGUGGAUGUGUACCCAUGGAUUGUUACAAGGGGCUUCCAUGUAUACGUUGGCUGUAACUACUGAAUCUGUGACCGCAAGUUUCUCUUCCAACGACACAUGGACAAGAAAUGACACCAUACAAAAUGUGUGCUCCUUGCCAUACCACGCUAUCUAUACCAGAGAUGGAAACUCUAAUGGAAAACCUUGUGAACUGCCCUUCGUCUAUGAGGGAAAAGUGUACCAUGACUGUAUCCCGGCAAUGAAUGAAACCAAAGAAUGGUGUGCUACCUCAUUCAAUUAUGAUUCAGAUAAAAAAUGGGGAUAUUGCUUGUUACCAGUUAAUGACUGUGAGAACUGGUCAAAGAAUUCCACACUUCAAAGUUGUUACCAGUAUUCUUCAUAUUCAAGUGUGACAUGGAAAGAAGCUUAUAUAUCCUGCCAUAGCCAAGGAGCAGAUUUAUUAAGUAUAUCCAGUAUUGAAGAAUUGCAGUACAUCAUGGCAAAUGAAGAACUUCCAGAAGUUGUAUGGAUUGGACUCAAUCGAUUGGAUAUUUCUAGUGGCUGGCAAUGGUCAGAUAAUACACCACUGAAUUUUAUCAACUGGCAUAAAGGGUUAGCUGGUUUUUCAGUUUUGGAUGAUACCAGUUGUGGAGUUCUGUUUCCAGAAACUGGACAAUGGGGAACCUAUCCGUGUAAUACAAAGCUGCCUUAUAUCUGCAAGAAAGCAUUAAAUGCCACAAAAUCUGAGAUACCAGAUUCAUGGAGUUACUUGGAUGCUGCAUGUAAUGAGACCUGGCUUCCUUAUAAUGGUUUUUGUUAUAAGAUGUAUGAUCCAAGCGUAUGGGAAAGUGCUGAGCUAUUUUGCAAGCAACAAAAUGGGCACCUUAUCAGUUUCCAUUCCUUGGCAGACAUAGAGUUGGCAGUUACAAAAUUUUUUAAUAGUUCUGAAGAUAUUUGGUCUGGUUUUAAAAGUCAUGAUUACCCACCUUUGUUUCAUUGGUCUGAUGGAACAGAAAUUAUUUUUACAUAUUGGGACCAAAAUGAGCCAUAUAUUUCUUACAACAAGUCUCCAAAUUGUGUUUCCUUUUCAGGAAAGACUGGUCGAUGGCAUGUACGAUCUUGUAAUGAGACUUUCAAUUAUAUAUGCAAGAAAAAAGGAACUAUUACUAAUGAGACAAAAUAUGACACAGGAUGUCUGUCAGUUGAGGAUUGGAGACGUCAUGGAAGCUACUGCUAUCUGGUUGAUAAAAAAGAAAUGGCGUAUACCCUAGAAUGUGACCUUGUUGUCUCUAAUAAGUUUGAACAAGAGUUUAUAAAUAGUCUGAUAAAAGAAUAUGGACAGACACAACAAAAGUAUUUCUGGACAAGUUUAAGAGAUGUAAAUAAUACUGGAGAUUAUUACUGGGAAACUUCAUCUGGGGAAAGGAACAUGACCUACUCAAACUGGGGAUCAUUUCAGCCAGCUUUUUCUGGAGGCUGUGUUGCAAUGAAUAGUGGGUCAUCUCUUGGAAAAUGGGAGGUCAAAGACUGCAAAACCUUUAAAGCACAGUCCAUCUGCAAGAAACCAUUAAAAUCCCCUAUGCCAGAAGAACCGCUACCAAAAUUCGAGGGUGCGUGUCCUGAGGGUUGGCAUACUGGAUCAGACCUAUAUUGCUAUAAGCUGUUUCACUAUGAGAGAAUUUUAAACAAAAGGACCUGGGAAGAAGCCGAAGGUUUUUGUGAAGAGUUUGGUGGACAUCUGACAAGUUUUGCCCAUUUAGAUGAUUUGAAAGUGUUUUAUGAAUUCUUGCGAUUAUUGUUCAGUGAUGCACGAUGGGUCUGGGUUGGUUUGAACAAAAGAAAUUUGGCUCAAGAAGGAAGUUGGCAGUGGAGUGAUAACCGGCCUGUUUCUUCAGUUUUUUUACCAUAUGAUUUUCAUGAAGAGGACUAUGACUUUAAGGACUGUGCUGCUUUUAAGGUUAAUACACAGUUGUAUAGAAGACAUUGGACAUUUGGGUUGCAGAACUCUAAAGAGCCAGAUUUUUACUUGAAACCUUUCCGCUGUGAUGUCCCUCUUGAAUGGGUCUGCCAAGUUCCCAAAGGGGCUGUGAAAUUGCCAGAGUGGUCCGUACCAGAUAGUGGACGUGAUUCCCUUAUUGUUGAUGGUGAGGAGUUUUGGUUUGUGGAUAACCUACAUCUCUCUUACAAAGAAGCUGAAUUACAUUGCGCUAACAAUGGAAGUGAGCUAGCCUCUGUGGAAUCGUAUAUGGCUUUGACUGCCAUCCAGCAAAAACUAGCCAAUAUAUCUGUAGCAAGACAAAACUGGUGGGUGAAAUCCAUAAACUUUAGAGAUCGAAUUCAUUCACCGCUGAUGUUCUAUGAGAUUAUAUUUGGCUCGACUAUAAACCAGUGCCGGUAUAUUUCUACAGAUGGUUUGCAAUUAGAGUAUAUACAUUUCCCACCCCUAGACUGCAGUCUGAAAUUUCCAUUUGUGUGUGAAAAUCGGAAUGUAACCUUAUUGGAGAAGGAAGGACAAAAGCAAAAGCAAGUUAGUGGAGUCUGUCCCACAAGAUGGAUUGCUUUUGGAGACAAGUGUUAUCUGCUAGUAAGGACCCAAAAUGCAACAUUUCAGCAGGCCAAAGAGUAUUGUACAGGCUUUGGAGGAUCUCUGCCUUCAAUCGCUAAUCAAAAUGAACAAGAUUUUAUUACAAGUUUGCUUCCGAACCUAACCUCUCAGUUUUGGAUUGGGAUGAAGAUUACUUUUGGUAGCAGAGUUAACAAAUGGGCUGACGGAAGUAAUAUCACCUAUAGUAAUUUAAACCCGAUUUUACAUGGACGGCUAAAGAAGUUUUCAUUUGAUCUUUUAGACCAUGAAAAAAGCAGCCAGUGUGUGUUCAUUCUGAAUGACCGCAAAUCAAGAUUUAUUGGAACAUGGGAUCUAACAAGUUGCGCAGAAACAAAAAAUGUGGCCCUUUGUCAAAAACCUCAAGAUCUGGUCGAAAACCAAACCAAACCGAAUGUGCCUGAAGAUGAAGAAUAUCAAGGUCAAAAGUACAAAAUCCUUCAGAAAAAUUUAACUUGGUAUAAUGCCUUGACAGAAUGCAAAAAACAUCAGAUGGAACUGGUUAGCAUAACUGACCAAUACCAGCUUGCAUUUCUUGCAGUCAAGGGUAGCCUUUUGGAUGUUCCAAUGUGGAUUGGACUGUCAAGCAGAGAUGAUGGGAUGAACUAUCAUUGGCAAGAUGGAAAAGAUGUUACUCUUAACCGGUGGUCAAGAAAUGAACAGGCAAAAGAAGAUUGUGUUUUUAUGGACAGUGAUGGAUUCUGGAAAACUCUAAAUUGUGAUGAGGAGCUACCAGGAGCAUUUUGUUACUUUCCAGCAAAAAAUGAAAUGGAGAAGCCUUCUGAGAACAUAAAGUGCCCUCACACAAUAGAAAAUGUUCCAUGGAUUCCAUUUCAGAAUAGUUGUUAUGCUUUUCUGUUAUCACAUGAAAGAUGGCCCUCAAAUCAAACCAGCAAAGGUCACAGUGUCUGCAGGAAACUCCAUCCAGAUGCAUAUGUCUUGAGUAUUAGAGAUGAAGAGGAGAAUGCCUUUGUGUUUGAUCAAAUUCAGCCAUACAGGGCUCUUGCACGUUGGGUCUGGUUGGGAGUUAUUUAUAAUGUAAAUGGAAAACAACUUAUGUGGCAUGAUGAGACCUACGUAAAAUACUCAAACUGGAGGUUUGGAAGACCAGAUGUUGUAAACAAUAGUUUUUAUGCAGCCAUGAAUGUAGAUGGUUCUUGGGAUAUCUUCCUCUAUCCAGAUUUUUUCCGAACUCUGUUUUUAAAACAUCAUAGCAUUGUGGCUUGCAAAAUAGAAUUUGAUCAAAACGAGGACUACAAAAGGCCAUUGCCAUCUGAAAUGCCUUAUGAGAACAAUAUAUAUUAUAUAAUUAAAAAAAGGCUUACCUGGAACCAAGCUGUGAGAGAGUGUAAAGAAGGCGGUGGCAACUUGGCCAGCAUGCAUGAUGAUAUACAGCAGUUAUUUUUGGAAAAUAUUGUGCGGCAUGAUGGGUUUCCACUCUGGAUUGGAUUGUCAAAUCCUGGUAUAAACCAAGCAGCUUUUGAGUGGUCUGAUGGCAGUACAUAUGACUUUAGACCUUCAGCAUUUUCACAACUAAAACAAGCCGGGGACUGUGUUUUUUUGGAUAUAAAAGGAGAGUGGAAGUAUAAUACCUGCUCCACAAGUCUAGAGGGUGCCAUCUGCUACAGAAAUCAAGAAGAACAAAGUAAGAUCACUGACACUGUUUGUCCCAGUACUCUUGGAGAAGGAAAAUGGAUCCGGCAUAAGGAUUAUUGCUAUGGAUUUGAUUUGAGAAUUUAUAAUUUUUCUUUAUUCAGUAGUGAUGAGGCCAAAACAUUUUGCCAAACAUUAGAUCCCAAAGCUGUUUUACUAACUAUAAAUGAUGAAGACGAAAAUCAGUUUAUCAACAGGCAUCUAGCAGCUGAUCCCUUCAUCACUGAUCGAGUUUGGCUUGGCUUGAGCAUCAAAUCUGCUGGUAAAGAAAUGAAAUGGCUUGAUGGUUCUGCUGUGAAAUAUACCAAGUGGAAUGGUGUGCAGAAAGACAGCAGUCUAUGUACUGUAUUGACUGUCUCAAAAAGAAUGUGGGACAGAGUUGACUGCAUGCAAGGCCGUGGCAGAGUUGUUUGCAAAGCUCCUCUGAAACCCAAUCGAGUGGGUAUAACAAUUGGAUUUGCUGUGUUCAUUAUUGUCCUACUCAUCGUUGGACUGCUUUUUUACCUAUACAAAAAGAAAAGAGCUUACUUCUUCUCUUCAGUCCGUUAUGAACGAGCAGAGGAAGAAACUGAAUCAAUGGUUGUAAAUUAUAACUAGAACUUUAAAUUGCACUUGCAUUUUUUUGCACAUUUCUUCAAUCUGAAAAUAAUUACGUGAAUGUUUUUGAUAGGAUGUCUUGGCCUUAAAGUGAAAGUAAAGUCUACCAUAUUGGAAUACGGCUUUAGUUUAGUAGACUAUAAACAAGUUCAGUCGCUAACUUUUUUUAUUUUUUACAUUUUUGGAAAUAUGUAUAUAAAUGCAAUCUUACUCUGCGGUAUCUUCCUCCGCCCCCUCCCUUUCUUCCGGCUUCAUCGUUCUUACUUUGAUCAGCAGUCCCACCCGCUGCAUACGUAAGAAAGCGUGCUCGUACUCAAGUAAUUAAUUUAUGCGCAAUGUUACGAUCUCCGCUAAGAUACAUACUAACAAUGAAUCACUAAAUUUAUUGUUUAGUAUUUUAUCGGAGAUUGUACUAGCGGUGUGUCGGCAUUGAGGGAUUCCCCAAAGACUACGAGCAAAACUUAUAAUGUAAGAAUAGAAGGGGAUUCCCUUUGGUAAUGCGCAUGCGGCUUGCAUGAACGCGCUUCGAGAGACAGAGUUCAGAGUUAGCCGCAUGCGCAUUACAAGCCAGGGGCGUACAUCGAACUGAUUUAGAUGCAAAUGGGGUACCCAAUCAGUUUGAUACUGCUGGAUUCGUCACCACAAAGGAAAACAUUUUUUACAUGCAUGUGGAGGAUCGCCGAGAGACUUGGGCAAACUUAUUUUUAAAAAAAAGCAUUUAGAAAAGGUUGCAAAUAAAAUGAUGAAUUAAAGUAACCUUUAUUUUUAAUAUAUAUUUAAAAUAUUAAUAACGUAUAGCCUAAAUUUACUUUCACUUUAAGAAUGAUUUUUUUUUGCAAAACAUGGUUCUAAAAACAUUAUUUUGCUAAUACUCUUUUAAAUUAUGCUCUGAUCAUAUUUCACUAUCAACUCUUGUAUAGAUUAGUUUAAUUUUUGAACAAAUAUUUUGUUUUUCUGCCAUUAAAUCAGACGUACCAGAUGAA